UGCCUCCCCCGUAAACUCGUACCAACCUUAUUUAGACGACAACUGAAAGCGAGUUUAGUGUCUGCUGCAGGUUUUUGUACCGCGAAAACGGAAAAUAUUUUUUCCUGUCCAGUUCUUUUGCUGCCACAGCGGUGCAGUUUAAUGAGCGUUAAGGGUCUUUGUCAAUAUAACUAACGUUAACGCUACAUGUUAGCCACCACAUAAAACAUUUCAGACAUGAGCCUCCAUGAAGUAACGUGAAAAGAUUUUUUCAUAUUUCACCCCCUGUCAAAGGAAAAGAAGUUCUGUGAAGAGAGACGGCUAUCUCACAUGUCUGUGUAAUUCUGACUAUGCUGCUCUUGGUAGCGCUGGGCAUAGUUUUUUCUUCCACUGUGGUCACCACUGAGAGGGCUGAGAAAACCAGCCACAAACCACCAGCAUCGCUGUUCAACUACAGCAGGAUCUCCCUGCCGCCAGAGCACGUACCCUAUUUCCUCUACAACAACAAGAGGGUCGCCAAGCAAUGCCGCCUGGACCCACUCUGCCCUUUUAAAGAUGCACUACUGGAUUUGUCUGCUUGUUGGGGUUAUGAGAAGAACUGUGAUCCAGAGAAGCGCUUUAGCUAUCCUGUCUGUACCAAAGCUGACUCUGGAUGGGCUCAUUCACUGGAGGCAGCCCAGGAGCUUUUCUGGAAGCAGGCUGAUUUCGGCUAUGUCAAGGAGCGCCUCACUGAGCUCAAAACACUCUGCAAGGCCAGCAAACCAGGGGACUCAUCAUUAAAAUGCAGUAGUCACACUCGAUUCUGCAAGGCAACUAACCUUUACCUGGACUUGCGGAAACCGCGAAGAGGUCAUGAGAGAUACAAGGAAGACUUCAUCCAGAGGGGUGAGAUUGGUGGUCGUUGCAGACUCAACAAGCAAGCACUUGCUACUGAGGGAGAGCACAAGAGCCCCUUGCAAUCUUGGUAUGCAGAGCUCCAGACAUACACAGAGCUGGACUUUCAUCCCAUACAGGAUGGACACUGUGACAUCAUCAUUGAAAAACCUACUGUUUUCAUGAAACUGGAUGCUGGUGUGAACAUGUACCACCAUUUCUGUGACUUUGUCAACCUCUACAUCUCCCAACACAUUAACAACUCCUUCAGCUCAGAUAUCAACAUUAUCAUGUGGGACACGAGUUUUUAUGGUUAUGGAGAUCUGUUCAGUGAAACAUGGAAGGCCUUCUCAGAUUAUGACAUCAUCCACCUGAAGACCUAUGACUCUAAAAGGGUGUGUUUCAAAGAUGCCUUCUUCUCCCUCCUCCCAAGAAUGAGAUAUGGCCUCUUUUACAACACGCCUCUCAUCUCGGAUUGCUACAGCGAAGGGAUGUUUCGGGCGUUCUCUCAACAUGUCCUACAUCGGCUGAACAUCCCGCAGAAUAGACCCAAGGAGGGGCGUGUUCGUGUCACCCUGCUGGCUCGCAGCACAGAAUACAGAAGGAUAUUAAACCAAGUGGAGCUUGUAAAUGCCCUCAAGACUGUGCCACUACUGGAGGUCAAUGUGGUGGACUACAAAUACAAGGAUGUUCCCUUCCUGGAGCAGUUGAGGAUCACCCACAACUCUGACAUCUUUAUAGGGAUGCAUGGGGCGGGUCUUACACACCUCCUCUUCCUCCCCGACUGGGCUGUCGUCUUUGAGCUAUAUAAUUGUCAGGAUGAGAGCUGCUAUCGAGAUUUGGCUCGGCUGCGGGGCAUUCGAUACGUGACUUGGCAGACAGCGGACAAAGUGCUCCCACAGGACAAGGGUCACCAUCCCACCCUUGGGGACCAUCCAAAGUUUACCAACUACUCCUUUGACGUGGGGGAGUUCAUGCGCCUUGUGCUGGACGCAGCCAGUUAUGUCACACACCAUCCCAAAUGGCAGCGUCGUAUCCUUCAUGAUGAACUCUAGAGUCUCUCGGAGUGGGAGUGGGGAGCGUUCAAACAUCUGGCUACUGAAGAACCCUUAAAUUAUACACACCUGGCUACAAACAUGAACCUGCCCAAAAGACAUCUUGACAUUUGCAGUGUACUUUUUGUGACUAUUUUAAAGUUAUACAUACACCAGUGGACGUCGAUGGUCUGUCGGGAGUAUUUGUCAACUGCCCGUCCGCUGCUUUGAUAGGUCUGGAUGAGUGAAAGCAGUAUGGCGGACAACUCGGGUUUGAAUAGCUUCCACCAGCUCUAUUAGUGUCAAAUCAGUUAAAGGACGAGCCGCGUGCAGUCGAAACAUCUGGGGAAUGAUAAGAUGUUUGCUAUGUUUCUUCAUUACCUCUGCUGUGUCUACUUCAUUCUAUGCAGACAAAGUUAGCUAAUGAGCAGCUGUUUCGGCGUCUCUUCACAUGCGACAUCUUGUCACCUUUGAUCAGUGUCACCUUGACGCGAGACUCGUCAGAGCUGUUGACAAUCGCAGUUUCUGAGCACAUCCAGAAUACCUUCUUUUAAGUUUUUUUUAAGUUAUGCUCAUCACAAACACUUAAAACUCUAACAAUAAGAGAUGGAAAGUCAAGAGACAUUUUCUUUUGUAUCAGUAUUCAUGUUAGUAUGCAUGCCUGUACAGUGACACUUUUAAACAAAUUUUAAGUAUUGUGAAACAUACAUUCAAGUAUUUAUAGAUAAAAUCCAACACUCCAUUGUUACACAAAACCUAAUGACAAUAAUGUUGCUUUUGUCAGCUGAACAUCACAAAUAUUGCACAAGCUUUUUAAAUGUAACUGUUACUAUUGCAUCUUUAUUUACAGUUUACAUGUUUUUCUUUUAUAAUUUGUCACAGUUAUUAUUUAAUUGUAUGUCUUAUUGGUUUUAUGAAAUAUGCCAUUGAUACUGAUGUCUGUUUUAUUAUAAAUUCCUUUGCAUUUUACCAAAGGAAAUUCAUUGUCAGUAUGGUCAAAUGAUGAGGGUGCUGCUACAAUCCCUUUUCCUAAAGCCUUUUGAAUGCUGUUAAUUGGUCUGAAAUGAAAUGAGCACAAUUUGCAUUUAGUCUGGUGCAAAGCAAAAGAGUAUUUUGAGAGUUAAGAAGAUCAUUUUCAUGUUUCUUGGCCUCUCUGUGAGCUUGAUGUUUUAUUUAUCAAUGAAAUCAUGUUGAACUGAGUCAGACCUUUUUGGUCAGGGCUUUUCUAGACUUCUAGGCAAUUUCAUAUUCAAAAGCUGUGUAAUAUUUUUAAAUAAAUAAUUCUAAAAAAUGCU